UUUUCCCAAGUUCCACUUUACAGCAGUAGCUUCAGCCACUACAGCCACUGGCCCUAUUUCUAUCAUCAAAAUCUCUUUCCUGACUAGCUUGGAGACCUGUUGCUCUUCUCUCUCUUUCUUAACAAUUAACGUCCACAAAGUCUAACAAUUAACCUCCACAGAGUCUUUGCAGCACCAAGAUCUCAACCUCCAGCUGUUUAUCCUUCAAGCAACGAAUCAACCCUAGCAAAAACCUAUUGUUAUUUCCAAAUGUCUUGUAUCAAUUUGGCCUAGGGCUCACUUGCACUUCUAAUCUUUUCAUGCAAGCAACGCAAGGAAUGUUGCGCUCAAGUUCAUUCUUGAAACCAUCUAUGUUUACUGUUAUAGAAAUUUAUUUAUUCGAUCAAUUUUUGCUUCUUCUUUCUGGAUUUGGUUGUUCUUGCUAAGAGCUGCAUUGCAUGCCGAGUUUUUGUUGGAAAAGUAAAAUCUAACUUCGUGUUGGAUAAUGAUUCUUUCUUUUUGUCCACUUUGUAAUAAAAAUCUAACACUGAUUCUUUUCUUUUCUUAAUGCUAAAUAAUAUCUUAUGAUUGAUAUAAUUCGUAAGGGAUAAGGAAUCUUCUUACAAGGUGUCCCAGAAUCAUAAGGAGUUCUAAACUCGUCCUGGAGUCGGAGUCAUAUAUGGAAGGAGUCCUAAACCUACUCCUACUAGGACUAUAUGGCCAAUACUACCCUAUAAAAAGAACCUACCCCUUGAUUUCAGGUUCAAAGAAACAAAGGUAAAAGAAAGGACAUUCUACUGAGUUUGAGAGAAAAACCUGGUAAACCUGACGCCAUGGCAGACUCACAGAUCGAGAUUCUCCACAAGCUAGACCAAGCAAAGACUCAAUUGUACCAUAUCAAAGCAGUGAUUAUCUCUGGCAUGGGAUUUUUCACCGAUGCUUAUGAUCUUUUCUGCAUCUCUUUAGUCACUAAACUCCUUGGUCGCAUCUAUUACCAUGUUGAUGUCUCACCGAAGCCUGGUAGUUUGCCUCCUAAUGUUGCUGCUGCAGUAAAUGGAGUAGCACUUUGCGGAACUCUUGCAGGACAACUCUUUUUUGGGCGGCUUGGUGACAAGUUAGGCCGCAAGCGCGUCUAUGGCAUUACUCUUCUGCUUAUGGUGGUCUGCUCUAUUGGUUCAGGCCUGUCUUUUGGACGCUCUCCCAAGGCGGUAAUAGGUACUCUGUGUUUCUUUAGGUUUUGGCUUGGUUUUGGUAUUGGAGGAGACUAUCCACUUUCUGCAACUAUUAUGGCUGAAUAUGCAAAUAAGAAGACUCGCGGGGCAUUUAUUGCUGCUGUUUUCGCCAUGCAAGGAUUCGGAAUUCUUGCUGGUGGUGCGGUGGCUAUGGUUAUUUCGGCAAUUUUUCGCUCUAUUUAUAAAGCACCAGCUUAUUCUGUCGAUCCAAUUGGUUCUACAGUGCCACAAGCAGAUUAUGUUUGGAGGCUAAUUCUAAUGCUUGGUGCCUUGCCUGCUGCUUUGACAUACUACUGGCGCCUGAAGAUGCCUGAAACUCCUCGAUACACUGCUUUAGUAGCCAAUAAUGCAGCGAAAGCUCGUCAAGAUUUGUUAAGAGUCAUGGACAUCGAAAUGCAAGUUGACAAGGAAAAAAUAACAUCGGAGACUACUACUAAUAAGGUGCUUGAUAGAAGCAACAAUUUCGGGCUGUUCUCCAAGCAAUUUCUCGCUCGCCAUGGAUUGCACUUACUAGGAACCGCAAGCACUUGGUUCUUACUCGACAUUGCAUAUUAUAGCCAGAACUUGUUUCAAAAGGAUAUUUUCAGUGCAGUCGGUUGGCUUCCACCAGCCAAAUCCAUGAGCACACUUGAUGAGCUUUUCAAGAUUGCUAAGGCACAAUUCUUCAUAGCACUUUGCGGCACAGUUCCAGGCUACUGGGUAACAGUCAUUCUAAUCGAUUAUAUCGGUCGUUUCACUAUUCAAUUAAUUGGAUUUUUCUUCAUGACAGUGUUCAUGUUUGCACUGGCAAUUCCAUAUCAUCACUGGACACUGAAAGAAAAUAACAUCGGUUUUAUAGUGAUAUAUGGGCUUACAUUCUUUUUUGCAAAUUUUGGGCCUAAUAGCACAACAUUCAUAGUGCCAGCAGAGAUAUUCCCAGCCAGGUUUAGAUCAACUUGCCAUGGAAUUUCAGCAGCUGCAGGGAAAGCGGGUGCAAUAAUUGGAGCUUUUGGUUUCUUGUAUGCUGCACAGAAUCAGGACAAGUCCAAGGCUGAUCCAGGGUACCCUGCUGGUAUUGGGAUGAAAAAUGCAUUAAUAGUUCUGGGUUUUAUUAAUAUAUUAGGUUUCUUGUUAACAUUCUUGGUUCCAGAACCAAAAGGCAGAUCAUUAGAGGAGAUUUCAGGAGAGAAUGAAGAAGGCGAUAAAGUUCAUCCCAUUGGAGUUGAGCCUGACAAUUUGUGAGCUUCUUGUUGUUGUUGUUUUUUGUUUUUCUUUUAUGCUAGUAGCCGUUAGCCGUUAGGGUGAGAAGAAUUUUCUUUGAUUAAGCAUGAUAAGAAGGUUCAUUUUUGUUUUCUAUAUCUAUUUAAAUAUUAAGAUUAAUAUCCACAUAAUGUGGAUAAUUCCAA